GUCUACGUACUUCAACGAAAAUGUUAAUACAGUUUCCCUAAAACAUAGAUAUAGUGUGGGAAAGAGACAAAGGGAUACGGCAACAUUUCGAUUAGAAAGAGAGAGAAGAUAAUUUAACAGAAAUGGAUACGAAAAACGACGUACGCGCAGAUGAAAUUGAACUUAGUGCACAAGGAUCAAGUAAUAAAGUUGGUGAAGUCUCAACCAAAUCCGAUCUUCCCGAAAGAGGUUCUUGGGGCAGCAAGCUAGACUUCAUCCUCUCCGUCAUUGGCUUGGCCAUUGGUCUUGGCAACGUUUGGAGAUUCCCGUACCUUUGCUACAAAAAUGGCGGUGGCGCGUUCCUUAUCCCUUACUUCCUUACCUUGUUCCUCGCUGGUAUUCCAAUGUUCUUCAUGGAGCUCGCCAUGGGGCAGAUGCUUACUAUCGGCGGUUUGGGUGUCUUCAAAAUUGCUCCGAUCUUCAAAGGUAUCGGCUACGCGGCUGCCGUGAUGUCCUGCUGGAUGAACGUCUACUACAUCGUGAUCCUCGCCUGGGCUAUCUUCUACUUCUUCAUGUCCAUGCGAUCUGAUGUACCAUGGCGUACUUGCGACAACUACUGGAACACGGCAACCUGCGUGAACCCCUACGACCGCAAGAACUUGACCUGCUGGUCCACCAUGGAUAUGACCACCUUCUGCACACUGAACGGCAAGAAUAUCAGCAAGGCUGUGCUCUCGGAUCCUGUUAAGGAGUUCUGGGAGCGCCGUGCUCUUCAAAUCUCAAGCGGUAUCGAACAUAUUGGUAACAUCCGUUGGGAGUUGGCGGGAACUCUGCUUCUGGUGUGGGUGCUGUGCUACUUCUGCAUCUGGAAGGGAGUCAGGUGGACCGGCAAGGUCGUCUACUUCACCGCCCUGUUCCCCUACUUUUUGCUGACCGUGCUGUUGAUUAGAGGAAUCACCUUACCCGGAGCGAUGCAAGGCAUCAAGUUCUAUGUAAUGCCCAACAUGUCCAAGCUGAUGGAAUCCGAAGUAUGGAUCGACGCUGUCACUCAAAUCUUCUUCUCCUACGGUCUGGGUCUGGGUACGCUGGUCGCUCUGGGCAGCUACAAUAAGUUCACCAAUAACGUGUACAAAGACGCCCUGAUCGUGUGUACUGUAAAUUCGAGUACUUCUAUGUUUGCUGGAUUUGUAAUCUUCUCUGUGGUCGGAUUUAUGGCGCACGAGCAACAACGCCCUGUCGCUGAGGUGGCGGCUUCAGGUCCUGGUCUAGCCUUCUUGGCAUACCCAUCAGCAGUACUCCAGCUACCAGGAGCUCCACUUUGGUCCUGUCUCUUCUUCUUCAUGUUACUGCUUAUUGGGUUGGACAGUCAGUUCUGCACCAUGGAAGGUUUUAUCACUGCGGUCAUCGACGAGUGGCCCAAACUCCUCAGGAGACGAAAGGAGAUCUUCAUUGCCAUCACCUGUGUCAUCUCCUACUUGGUUGGACUUUCGUGUAUCUCUGAGGGUGGUAUGUACGUCUUCCAAAUCCUCGACUCGUACGCUGUCUCCGGUUUCUGUCUGCUGUUCCUGAUCUUCUUCGAGUGCGUCUCCAUAUCCUGGGCGUUUGGAGUGAACCGGUUCUAUGAUGGCAUCAAGGAGAUGAUUGGCUACUACCCUACCAUCUGGUGGAAGUUCUGCUGGGUUGGAUUUACGCCUGCUAUCUGCAUCAGCGUCUUCAUCUUUAACUUGGUGCAAUGGAAGCCUAUUAAAUACAUGAACUAUGAGUACCCCUGGUGGUCCCAUGCGUUCGGUUGGUUCACCGCCCUCUCCUCUAUGCUGUGCAUCCCUGGAUACAUGGUCUACUUGUGGCGCGUCACUCCUGGUACCUGGCAAGAGAAAUUCAACAAAAUCGUCCGUAUCCCAGAGGAUGUGCCAUCUUUGAGGACCAAGAUGCAGGCUGAGGAACAGGCCAAGCACUGCAAGGCUUAACUCCAGCACCACCAUCUCCCACUUAAGAUCAGGAUCUCAGACUAAAGGGAUUCGGAAAGUAGCAAUAUUCUGUCUGAUUGAAAUUAACCUCCACUAAAGAACACACAAAAAAUAAAAAUAUCAAAAUUGAAAUUUCAAAUGUCAAUACUAGCCUCGGGAUUUCUAUCGUGGGAAAGAGAACGAAACAAUUCUAACAAACAUCACG